CCGAGGUCUCGCGCGAAGGAGGCGGACGCCGCAAAGAGAGAAAGCCGUUUCGGAGGUGAAUCACCCGGCGUGUGAGGAAGCUGGUGUUCGGAGUUGCGCUUCUGCGGGAGCCAUGUUCCUGACCGCGCUGCUGCGCCGCAACCGCAUUCCCGGCCACCAGUGGAUCGGGAAGCACCGGAGGCCGCGUUCCGUGUCCUUCCACGGGAAGCAGAACACAAUCCGCCGCCUGGAGGUGGAGGCAGAGAACCACUACUGGCUGAGCACACCCUUCCUUACUCCCUCACAGGAGUUCGGGCACGCUGCGGCCCGCAGAGCGGCUGCCUUCCAGGCCAUUAAAGCUGCUGGCGAGGCCAAGUUCCCGCGGCACAGGCUGCUGGCCGACCAGCUCAGCCACCUCAGUGUCACCAAGAAGUGGCCCUAACAGAAUUGCUGUCCCUUGUCUCGGGAACCGGAAAAGCUAGAAAAAUAGGACUUGUGGACUAGAUAUAUGGGCAGAACACUGCUUGCAGAACACCUGAGCUCCAGCUUCCUGUCUGUUGUGUCGUGUUUCUGUUUCUAAAAGUGUCAUGUGUCUUUUCCCCAGGGGUCAUGGUGAUGUGAGUUGUAUUCUGGGUGACUGCUGCGAUAAAUAUACAAAGUGUGAUUCGAGGUCUGUGUAUGACACCGAGUAACUGCCUAAAUGUAAAGGAAAAAAAGCUUUGUCAGUCAGACAUAUUCCUAAAAAUAGCAUUUUCUUCUGGGAUUUGUCAACAGCAGUGGAUAUUUACACAAAGUGAAAUGUGCUUAUCAGGACUGCUACAUGGAAUUUUUUUUUUUUACGUGAUUGGGUACAAUUAACAUACUACGCAGUAUACCACUUGUAGAUGUUUGAUUUCAAAUAACCCUUUUCUGAAUGAAAACAGGCACUUUAUGGGUGUCAGCUGAGAAAAUAAUCUAUUGAGGCAGGUUAGUAAGAAACUAGGAUUCCUUGGCAAGUGGAAUGAGGAAAACUGAGACAAAAAGUCACCACAGAGCAAGUAAUAGUGAGCUGAUAAAUCACAAGAUUCAGUCCUCCCUAAGCAAAGGUAUCUAAGAGCAGGUGGUUUAAAGUCGCCUUAGGGAAAUAGGUAAUAAAAAAAAAAAACAAUUAGAGCCAGAUUAAUCCAAGAUAGAGGUGAAACUAACCAGAAAAUGACCCCAAACUUAAUUAUAUUCAGUUUAAUGAUUACUCUGUUGAGGUGCUCCCCUGGGACCCCCCUGAAAUUCCUGCCUAUAGAAAAUAGGUAAAAUCCUCAGGACUAGGGACACCACCUUGGCUCUUUGAGCACACGCUUUCCUCUGGCAUGUACUUUGCUUCUAUGCUAAGCUCUCAGGCUCUGGGCAAACCUGCACCCAGGGGAGCAAUGGCAAUGGCAGCUAUAUCAGGUAUACCCCCAAUCCUGUCUUGAAGGGCCCAUCCUUUGCAUCACUGUCGCAAGCCUUAAUAAACUUACUUUCGCCUGGA